AUGAAAUUUAUAAUUUCUUGCAGUUUCCUCUUUAUCAUAACCACAUUCCUAUGUUAUGAAGCCAUAGCUCAACCAGAAUUCACUCCAUCAUGUGAUGAUGACAAUGGCAACUACACAGCAAACAGCACAUAUGAACACAAUCUCAACACACUCUUAUCAACUCUCACUUCCAACACCGAAAUCACCUACGGUUUCUACAAUUUCACCUACGGCGAAAACAUCAACAAAGUAUACGCAAAUGGAUUAUGUAGAGAUGUUAAUCCAAGUGAUUGCCGCAACUGUCUCAACAAUUCAAGAGUCCUUCUCAUACAAAACUGUCCAAACCAAAAAGAAGCCAUUGGUUGGAUAGACAAAUGCAUGUUACGUUACUGGAAUCGGUCCAUAUUUGGACUAAUGGAAACAAAACCUGGAUUAUCUAUGUGGAAUCCGUUUAAUGCGACGGAUGUAGAUGAGUAUAAGAAAGUUUUGGGAAAACUGUUGUAUGAUUUGAAAACCAAAGCUGCUUCUGGUGAUUCUAUGAAAAAAUUUGCUACUGCAAAUACAACAGGUCCAAAUUUUCAGGAUAUAUAUAGUCUUAUGCAGUGUACACCUGAUGUGAGUUAUUUGGAUUGUAACCAAUGUUUGGAUCAAGCUAUAGCUCGUCUUCCAUCUUGUUGCGAAGAUAAGGUUGGUGGAAGAGUUAUUAGAGCGAGUUGUAAUAUUAGAUAUGAAAGCUAUCGGUUCUAUGAACUUCCUGUGCAACCACCGUCUUUAGCACCACCCUCACCAUCCAUCAGUCACACUUCCUCUCAAGGAAAAACUCACACAUUAAGAACUGCCAUCAUCAUAGCAAUCCCAACUGUUAUUUUUGUUUUGUUGUUCUGUUUCAUCUGCCUCUAUUUACGACUAGGGGUGAAGAAACCAAUGGAAGCUGAUAAAAAUCUUUCAGAAGAUCAUGAUGAAAUUGCAACCCUUGAGUCGUUACAAUUCAACUUUGACACUAUAAGAGUUGCCACAAAUGACUUCAGUGAUUCUAAUAAACUUGGAGAAGGAGGAUUUGGAGUUGUUUAUCAG